AUGGCCAUGGCCACGGCCACCAGCUCCCGCCACCUCCUCCUCCUGUUCCUCUGGCUCUGCGCGGCCGCGAGCACGGCCUGGGCCCAUGGAGGCGGCGGAGACGACGACGGGGACUCUGGAGACGCGGACGGCGGCGGCGAGGCGAAGCCGGACCUGCGGGCGCCGGGGCUGGUGGCGACGAAGCUGUGGUGCCUGGCGCUGGUGUUCGCGGGCACGCUGGCGGGGGGCGUGUCGCCCUACUUCAUGCGGUGGAACGAGGCGUUCCUGGCGCUGGGCACGCAGUUCGCCGGCGGGGUCUUCCUCGGCACCGCCAUGAUGCACUUCCUCAGCGACGCCAACGAGACCUUCGGCGACCUCGUCCCCUCCAGCGAGUACCCGUUCGCCUUCAUGCUCGCCUGCGCCGGCUACGUGCUCACCAUGCUCGCCGAGUGCGCCAUCUCCUCCGUCGUCGCGCGCGGCCGCACCGCGCCCGCCGCCGCCGCCGCCGCCCCGGCAACAAGCGCAGGAGCGUUGGAGGAGGGCAAGCUGAGCAGCACGAAUGGCAACGGCUCCGAGCAACAAGCAGCUGAGCAGGACGCGCACGGGCCGCCGGCGACGGGCCACUCGACGGCGUCGAUGCUGCGCAACGCCAGCACCCUCGGCGACAGCAUACUGCUCAUCGCCGCGCUCUGCUUCCACUCCGUCUUCGAGGGCAUCGCCAUCGGAGUCGCCGAGACCAAGGCGGACGCGUGGAAGGCGCUGUGGACGAUCAGCCUGCACAAGGUGUUCGCGGCGGUGGCCAUGGGCAUCGCGCUGCUCCGGAUGCUGCCCAACCGGCCGCUGCUCUCCUGCUUCGCCUACGCCUUCGCGUUCGCCGUCUCCAGCCCCAUCGGCGUCGGCGCCGGCAUCGCCAUCGACGCCACCACGCAGGGCGCCGUGGCCGACUGGAUCUUCGCCGUCUCCAUGGGCCUCGCCACCGGCAUCUUCAUCUACGUCUCCGUCAACCACCUCCUCUCCAAGGGGUACACGCCCCAGAGGCCCGUCAAAGCCGACACGCCCCUCGGCCGCUGGCUCGCCGUCGUGCUCGGCGUCGGGGUCAUCGCCGUCGUCAUGAUAUGGGACACCUGA